UGUUUUAAAUUAUUCUGUAGAAUUUCACCAACAGAAGAACAAGUACAGCAACGUAGUUUAGAUUCUGCAAGAGAAUUUGAACGGCGUUUUCACAUUAGUGCAGACAAUGGUGAAAUGGAAUCUCAAAUUCCAGAAGAAACACCUGUACAGUCACCUACAGAGUUAUCAUCGCAAUUGUCUGCUCAGUUAUCGCUUGAUGGAUUACCUGCAGGAUGGUCACUUCAAGUAGCACCAAAUGGAAGAGUGUUUUUCAUCGAUCAUAAUACAAAAACAACAACUUGGGUCGAUCCUCGAACUGGCAGACCAAGUCCUCUUCCCAAUCAAAAUAAUGUGCCCAACAGGCCAUCAUUUAGUAGUGUGGAUGAUCUUGGACAGUUACCAGAAGGAUGGGAGGAACGUGUACAUACUGAUGGCAGAAUAUUUUUUAUUGAUCAUAAUACCAGGAUAACGCAAUGGGAAGAUCCUCGGUUAAAUAAUCCUAAUAUUGCAGGACCGGUAUGUUUAUUUCUUAUUGUAUAUUAUCCUCUGACUUCUUUAUAAUGCUGCUUAAAAAAGAAAAAUUCAAAUUCAGUUUUAGUUAUACAAUAGAUUCUGCUUAUUGCAACCACCUUUAAGAUUAGCCUAAACUGAUGGAAACAGCCAAUUGAUAACAUUAAGUGGAGUAGAUGUACUAUUAGAGGAAAUCCUGGAUUCAUUGACUCUGAUAUUACAACAUAUUGAAACAAUAAAAUAAAAGUGUUUAAGUUUAAGAUUUAAUAAAUUAUAAAGUCAGCAAUUUAAAUUAGUAUAUUUUGAGCAAAUAAUAUGAUUAGAAAAACAAAUAAUGAUUAACAUUUAAAGCAAUGAUUAAGACUGAUGACAAGAAUUAAUAAAAUUGCAUGUUAUCAGCCAUUUAUGAGACAGGUAGUAUGAAGAGAGAGAGCUUAAAAAGUUUCUUUACUCAAAAAUGAUGAUAACAGUAACCUACUUCUGAAUACAAUAAACAAAGAUUUUAUAAUAUAUUUAAAUUCUGUGUUUUGGAGCCUGCUAAUUUUGAUAUUAACAUACAAAAUUAUUCAUGAUUAUAAUAAGUGAAAGCUACUAUAUCUAGUAUAUGAUCAUUUCAUAGCUUAUUACUAUAUAGAAUUUAAUGGUGUUUAAAGUAGCAGGUUGUAAAUACAGUAGAGCGUCGAUUAUCCGGAUCAAUUGGG